AUGUACGACUUGGCUGCGGACUCGCCCAGGUACGAUGUUAUCGUCGUCGGGGCAGGUCUUGCUGGUUUGUCUGCAGCUAGAGAACUGAUCAGAAGGGAGCCGAGUCUUAAGGUAAUCAGGAAGUUGCAAGUUUCCUGUUUAUGUACUCAAGCGCUUAGCUUUUCCGACCAAUUUUCAAUAUACAACUAUAGGUUCUAAUU